UUUUACAGUGUACCUGCAUCGACGUCAGCAGCUGUACGAGAGCCAUAUACUACUAUUCUACGGUAAGAACCAACAACAACCACUAUUAGUAUAUUAGUGUAUACAUCGGUUUACGAUCGAGCCCUGCAUAUAUAGCCGGCCCAUUCGCAUACGACUUAACGCCCCUCCCUUCGCGCGUGUUUACUAUAUAGACCGCGCGCUACGUGCCCGCAAACGGGCUAAUACGCACUUCUACCUGUGCUGUCCUCUAUACCUCCCUCUCCAGGCUCCGAUGGUGCGAAUAGGGAGGGCUGCCUCGAUUUUGCCACCGAUCCACUACGCAGUCGUCGCCGAAUUUUCCUCGAAGCGGUCGCGCGCUCUUAUACAUAUAGCUUCUCUACGAAUCCGGUGCAGCCGACGCUAUAGAAAGAUGCGGCUCCUAAUUAUCGCAGUGAUCCUCGCCAUGACGUUGGCGAAGUCGUCCGAAGCCUGCUUGUCGCGACUCGGAACUCGGGGCCAGUGCAUCAGCCUGAAGAAGUGCCGACCUGUACUACAGGUUCUAAGGACCCGGCCUCCUCUCAAAGUCUACGAUGACAUCAUGAACACGCACUGCGGUUACGAUGGUAACCUUCCGAAAAUCUGUUGCGAACUGCAAGCCAGCGUCAAUACGCCGCGGCCCAGCCAGCGGCCCAGCCAGCGGCCCAGCCGGCGGCGGCCCAACCGGAUAGGGAAAUUACCGAAAAUUAGGUUCACAACAUCGAUCUGGGAGACGACCAGCACAACGUCAUCUGCACCUGCAGCCGUCGCAGGAGCUCCUCACCCGAAUCUUGACCUCCUGGACCACAAGCUCUGCGGACACAUCGCGCCCGAGUUGAGGAUUUACGGCGGGAGCGAGAGCAAACUCUUCGAGUUUCCCUGGAUGGCUCUUCUGGCCUUUGAUUCCGGCGAACAGACAUCGGACGGCAAGCCCGAUUUCCGAUGCGGUGCUACGAUCAUCAACAAGAAAUACGUGUUGACGGCCGCUCACUGCGUCACCAAUCUGCCGGAGGACUUGAAGCUCGCCGGUGUGAGGGUCGGUGAGCACAAUCUCGCCGAGAAAAGGGAUUGCGAAAUCUACGAUAACGGAGCGGCUUACAUCUGCGCGGAGAAGCACCAAGACUUCGGCAUCGAGUCUGUCCAUCCACAUCCGGAGUACGCACACAACAGAACACUCCAAAAUGACAUCGCCAUCGUUAGGAUAAACGGUACGAUGAACUUCCGUCCAGCCUCGGUCCGACCGAUCUGCCUGCCGAUCGACGCCGAUUCUCGCAAUCCAGGCUCCUUCGGCGUGGUGACCGGUUGGGGAUCUACGGAAACCGGCGCGUCCAACAGCGACGUCCUGCUAAAGGUCAAGCUGCCGAUCGUACCAGCCUCGGAGUGUCGAAACGCCUACCGGGACAAUCCGUUCGUCAGGCUCGGAGAUGGACAGAUCUGCGCCGGUAGUCUCGAGGGCAAGGACUCGUGCAGCGGGGACAGCGGUGGUCCCCUCCAGAACGCUGCCAUCUACAGAGGCGAGCCCAGAAUCGUCCAGCACGGGAUCGUCAGCUUUGGAAAGAAGAACUGCGCUGUCGAAGGAUCGCCCGGCGUUUACACCAACGUAGCGCACUACGUCGACUGGAUUCUCGAUAAUCUGAGGGCUUGAAUUCGUAUAUAGGUGUAUACAAACAGAGCGAUGUAUCGUAACGCAAUGAUACGGAUAAGAGACGUUUGACACUUUUCGUACACUGUUGCGGUUGAGCGGCAAAAAUGUAGAUAAUGGUUGAAUAAUGUAAAGGUACCACGUUCGUUCAAUUUCAUUAUCCGGCAGCUGCUGUUGUACUAUCUUAGCCGCUUAACGAUCUCGAGUGCAGAAUUCGAUUCGGAUCGGCCGAAAAGUCGUGUUUCUAUUUCGCCAAAAAUUAACAACUCUCGUUUUAUGCGUAUCAUUCGUUUCGAUCCAGUCGCCUCUCUGCGACAUUUAGAUUCAAGAGUUAGCAAACGAAUCUUUUGCUAAAUUUCGUCGUCGCCUUUUAAACGAAUUUGUUUUAAUCGAAAUGACGCAUUCGGUGUGCUAUAAAUCGAUUUCCCGAUAAGAAUCGAACUACGUUUUUUUUUUUAGAUAGGCAAAAUACCGCGUCUGUAUGUUCAGUCGUAUAGUUGCGGGCGAAAAGCUCUUCUAAAAAUAGUAAAACGUGAUAAUCACGAUGUUCUAUGCGUAGAUAAAAUUAUGUUUGAACGAAAAGUCGCUAUAUAACGAAGCAGUGCGCAUGUUUGCUUGAUUUAGCGAAUCCGAUUGAAUUAAAUAAUAAGGAAGAAUCAUUUGUAUAUAUAUAUAUAGUCACUACGAUUAAUUGGACGUGUAUCAGUGUGUAGUCUUGAAAUUGACAUGUUGAUUUGUACGCGUACAAAAGGGAAAUUUUCGAUUUUUAUAGGUAGAUGCGUGAAACUAUUUGGAUACCUAUAUCUUUUAUACUCUUGAUCUUAUAUAUUUAUACACGACGUUCGAUUAUUUAUAUAGCUUAUCGUUUUUUAAAAUAGAGUAAAAUAAUGCAAGACUGACGCUGACGAGAUAUCUACACUUAAGAGUAGCUAGAAAGUAAUUAAGUAUUUUAGUUGUUAUUGUAAAGUAUUUCAAACGAUCGUACGUAUAGGUGAUAAAGUAAAGAAAUCUAAAAAUAAUUUUGUAAAAUUUUGAUAAUCUUGAUUUGGUAACUUAAUUGAAAGUUAAUCGAUUAUUGCAUACCUAUAUGAUACACGUCAUUUGAAACACUGUUUUCCUCUUGACAAUGUUUUCCACUUGUUAUACGCGAUAUAUUUAGAUAAUAGUAUUUUCUUGGUAAUUUACAGAGAUGUUAACUACCCUGAUGCGAUUCGAGUCAAAGUAUUUUAGACCCCGCGUACGACAUCAAUCAUACGUAUGAAAUUAUAUGAUGUAUAUCGAAGGAAAAAGUGCGUAUAUUAUGUAUAUUUAUGCGGUGAUAUAAUAAUAAUAAUGAUGUAUAUAGACAGACGAA